CCAAAGAUUUUCAAUGGCCAAAGUCUCACUAGAACCGAAAAUUUGAACUUUUCUUCUUCUUCUUCUAGUAUUUCUUUAAGUAUGUAUUAUAAUUCUUUAAAUAUUAUAAUCUCUUAGAUACUUCGUUUCUUGAUUAUUUAAUUUGCAUAACAUAUAUUAAACAAUUAGUCUCGCCUCCUUCUUCUCCUUCUGCUCUCCGUGCUGUCCAAUUUUGUCUCCAAGAAAAUGGCAGCUGGUAGAACAGCAACUACUGCUGCAGGACGCAAUCUUCAAGAAACACCCACCUGGGCUUUGGCAACAGUUUGCUUCAUUUUCAUCUCUCUUUCCUUGUGUAUCGAGCAGUUGAUCCAUCUUCUUAGCCAUUGGCUCAAGAAAUGUAGAAAGAAUGCCCUUUAUGAAGCUGUGGAGAAGCUAAAAUCUGUGCUUAUGGUGCUAGGAUUCAUGUCGCUUACACUGAACGUAACUUCAAGAUAUAUAAUCAAAAUCUGCAUACCCAACAAAGUAGCAUUCAAAAUGUUACCAUGCCGUCACAGUGAAACAAAAACCACCAAAUCAUUACAAGAAAGAAUUCUGGCAGCUGAGGCCACUGCAUACUCAGAUUACUGUACCUCUAAGGGAAUGACAUCUGUUAUUUCACAAGAUGGGAUGAAUCAGUUAAACAACUUCAUAUUUGUAUUGGCAGUAAUGCAAAUUGUGUAUAGUGUUCUUACCAUGGCCUUGGGAAGGGCAAAGAUGAGGCGUUGGGAAACUUGGGAGAAAGAGACUCAGACAGUGGAAUAUCAAGCUGCAACUGACCCAAAUCGAUUUAGAUUCACAAGGCAAACCACAUUUGGUCGCAGACAUAUGACUUCUUGCACAACAACAUCUUUCCAACUUUGGACUAAAUGCUUCUUCAGGCAAUUCUUCAGCUCGGUGGCGAAAGUCGACUAUCUCACCCUCCGCCAUGGCUUCAUUGCGGCUCACUUGUCCAACAAUAAUUCUUUCAAUUUCCAAAAGUAUAUACAACGUUCACUAGAUGAUGAUUUCAGAGCUGUUGUUGGCAUAAGUCCUCUCAUGUGGUUUUUGGUUGUUAUCUUCAUGCUUGUGGAUGUGCAUGGUUGGCAUGUGUAUCUCUGGGUAUCAUUUCUACCAUUGACUAUAGUGCUAGUUCUUGGAACAAAACUACAAGUAGUGGUGGCAAAAAUGGCACUCCAACUCCAAGAUCAGAAUAAUGUAAUAAAGGGAGCAUUACUUGUGCAACCAAAUGACAAUCUCUUUUGGUUCCAUCACCCUAAAUACGUCUUGACGCUUCUUCAUUACACUCUGUUUAUGAAUGCGUUUGAGCUCGCAUUCUUUGUUUGGGUUACGUUCCAAUUCGGGAUAACUUCUUGCUACCAUGAACACACCGAAAUCAUUGCUGUUAGGGUGGUUUUAGCGGUGACCGUUCAAAUUAUCUGCAGCUACAUUACUCUUCCCUUGUAUGCUUUAGUAACCCAGAUGGGAUCAGAAUACAAGAGUGCAGUGCUAGAGGAGGAAACAGCAAAAGUAAUAAGGCAUUGGCAUGCUGAAGUAAAGCAGAAAAGGAAAAAGAAAGGAUACUCUCCAACUAUUAGCCUCUAUCCAUUAUCUCCUAUAUCAAAAACCAGCAACAGAACCAUGGAUUCCCCUGAGUUCCAUUCCAAGAACCAACUUAGCUCGCCAAAUCUCUCUUCUUAUAAUAGAUCACCAACUUUCUCAGAAAUCCCCAGAUUCCCAUCUCAAACUGAGAUAGUUCCACAUGACCAAGAAAUUAGCCAAGACAUGAUUCUUCCAUCCACUGUUGUUGAAAUAGAAAUGCCUAACAUGACCAGCACUCAAGACCUACAAAAGAUUUAGUAAAUUAGAAUUAGACCAAAUGUUCAUUAAUAGCUCAAAUUUUCUAAUCAUUCUUGAAGAAUUAAGAAGAUCUGUUACCUUUUAAAUUUUCUUUUUUGCAAAUUCACAAUCAAUAUAAGUACAUAAUCAUUUGACAGCAAGAUACUAGAGAAUGUGGUCGGAAGCAAAUAAAUGCUGGAUGCUUAUGGUUGAAUGAUGAUAAACCAAUAAAUGGAUUCCAAGACUUGAGCCU